UCGACAUGCGCCUCGCUCGUUCGGCGACCAUAACAACGGCAGAUAACCCUCACUUUUAUCGACAUCAUUGAUAGUGCAAUAUUGAUCGGGAUUUAUUCGCACAACCUAUAAGGUCCUGCACACCUAGUCCCUAAGACCGACACACGACAUUUUUCAAAGUAUCAGAAAAUUCCAUUUCCAGGAUCUAGCAUCUGUGUGUUGAUGGAGGAAUCUUGCUAGAAACACAGAGCAGGUGGAGUGGCUCCUGGGAGGAAUGGGGUAGUGCUCUCAAUGAGGGUCCCGGCAGCAAACAGCUCCGUUAGGGCAGAACCGGGCGAGAUGCCUGAGAAUGGACGCUCCAGAAGAAAACGGGUGCCUAAGACAUGCGAUUGCUGCGGGUCCCACGGCAAGCCCCACAUGCCGGGACACCAGCAGGUGUCCAAGAAACGCAGCCGCAGGAAGAAAGAGUUGCUGAGCCAAGAAGAAGAGGUGGCGGCAGAGGAGGAGGUGGUGAGCUCGACCGUGGCAGACUCUGUGGUGACUUUAGAAGUAGACACUGCUUCUGAGAUGGACGAGGCUCCAUCUCCAAAAGAGAAGGCAGAGCUGUCCCAGAUCGAGGGAGGGAGUAAAAGCAUCAUAGUGGUGAACGGCCUGGAGAACAGCGCUCAUGUGCAUUCCAGUGACACCAAAGAGCUGAGCACUUCUGUCACACCCAAUGACUUGAUGAAGAAACCCCCUGAUUCUUCACUGAUCGGCGUGGAGCCUGACCCGAUGGAAACCGAGCAGCCCGGUCUAAGCGCUGGAGUAAACAGGGCUUCCUGGGACCAUCACUACUGCAAACCCCUCUCUGAGGAAAACAGGAGCUGCCUCGCGGAGGAGAUGGGACAGCCCCGGCCUACACUGCCUCCAGCCGAAUUCACCACUGAGGGCAUCAUCGAGUGCAUUCAUGAAUUCCUGGAGCAGUUCUAUGGGAAAUAUGGAAGCUUCACUCCUUUGAGUGAUAGCGAUGUGCUCCAUCACCUGAAUAAGACAUUUCAGGCUGAUCUAAAUGACAGGAUGAAGCUGAUAACAAAAGAAGUGGCCAAGUACAGGGCUGGUCUGGCCUGUGCUCCUAUGCAUUUUGUCCAAGUGACCUACAACAAGCACACUUUGACCUUAGAUGACCUUUCAACACUUGAUGACCAAAACUGGGUCAAUGAUCAGGUGAUUAACAUGUAUGGAGAACUGAUCAUGGAAGCUACAAAUCAUAAGGUUCAUUUCUUCAACAGUUUUUUUUACCGACAGUUUGUAGGAAAAGGUUAUGAAGGAGUGAGACGAUGGACCAAAAAGGUUGAUCUGUUUUCUAAGACACUGAUCCUGAUUCCUCUCCACCUGGAGAUCCACUGGUCACUCAUAACCGUGGACAUCUCCAAGCAAAGCAUCAACUUCUACGACUCCCAGGGAAUCCUGUUUAAGUUUGCUGUGGAUAACAUCCUGAAAUAUAUCCUGGCAGAAGCAAAAGAGAAGAAACAAGCCAUCUUUCAGAAGGGCUGGGAGAUAGUUGUCAACAGGACCAUUCCACAGCAGAAGAAUGACAAUGACUGUGGGGUUUUUGUCCUGGAGUACUGCAAGUGCCUGGCAUUUAUGAAGCCACUGCUGUUCACUCAAGAGGACAUGCCACAAGUCCGCAAGAGGAUCUACAGAGAGCUGUGUGACUGCAGACUGUCUGACUGUCUAAACCAAGACAAAGCCACAUAGACUCGAGACUUGCAGACUGGUGUCUGGAUGAGGGAAAGAACUUCACAGCAAGACAAAGAAACCCAAAGUUCUGGUCAGGCAAAGCUGGAAGUUCCCAAUAUUUGAGCCUGUCCGAUCAUUCCUGUCGGUUUGCUGGAGUUCUAAAGGUCAAGUUUACCUCGCAUUAGAUCGCGGCUCAGAUGUUGCCUUUCUCCAGCAUCCAGCGUUUAAAAAAAGCCUGUGACGACCUCUCAGAGAAACAAACAGAAGAUCCUCAGCAAUGGAGACAUUUUUCUGUUUCUGGCAACCACAAAGAUUCAAAACCUCACAAGUGUGUUGAUAUUUUCUUUUUACAAGUGUUUUAUUUUAAAUUUCAUUUAUAACACAGCCAUAACACAGAUUACAUGUUUCUAUCAGGUUUCUUUUUGUAAAGAACUUAGUUUUUGUUUUGCAGCAUGAAACUUGAAGGACUUUGUAGUUUAUAAAUGUCACGCCGUUAUUGAGGUACAAGAAGCAUUUAAUGAAUGUACUGUUAAACACCAGAAUUCUACUUGUGCAGUCAAACUUGUAACUUGAAAGCUAAUUUUGUGGUGAUACUCUUAAAGUCCUGGACCAGAUUGCUUUAACUUUUGAUCACCCUUACAUACUUACUGUUCCCAGAUGUUUCUAAUGAAAAAGCAGCAGGAUUGAUGCUUAAUAUCAGGCUGCUUGUUGUAAACCGCCAGCAUUAUUUGGCCAUUCUGUUGUUGCAAACUGCUGUUCUUUCACUUCUGAGCACUUUUCGUUGUUAUUCCUCAAAUGCAUCGGCGGUUAAAAUGUAUUUUGUAGCAAGUAGAUUUUUGCGUUAAUUGAAGUCAGUUAAAGGUCAUUUUUAAAUUAGCACAGUGCGGUGAAAGCUGCAGGUUUCUGCCUUUUUAUUUGUUCUUUUUAAUGGUGAAGACUGAUCUGAAAAAUUCAAUCGAAACCUGCCGUCCUGUCAUUGGAUAAUACAAAAGCUGAAGUCCAUGCUAAAUUUGGAUCCCAGAAUGCAUAUAAUUAGUACAGCAAAUAAAAACGUGGUAUUUGAAGUUCAUAGUAUUGAUACGCAGACAUUUCCUUUGGCCUGCAUUCCGACCCAAGUGUGUAUCAUAUUCAUGCUAAAGGAAAUUUUUAAUUAUCCAAAUCGAAACAAUAACUUGUGCUAUCAGUAAACAAUUUCAUGAGAUGUGAAAUCUGUGAGCAGAAUAGGUGAAUGCUGAUAGUUGAGGUUGUGUGUGCUUGCGUCAUCUCAUCUUUUCUGUGUGACGAGCGUUUUUCUACCUUGUGAUGCAGUUUGGUACAAAAAUAUGUCAGGAUAGUAAAUUUAUACUUUUGUCAGUGACCCCACCAUUCAAGAGCGAUACUGUCAUUUAGUUACUUGAACCAACGAAUCAUAACCUCAGACUGAGUUUCUGACUACUAGUUUCAUCCUUAUUUAAGAAUACAUAAAACCAUAUGUUGAAUAACCA